AUGAGCACCACUGCAACAACUGCAAGAACAACCACCACAAUGAGACCUCCACCGUCUUCCUCCACAACCACCACCAUCUUAGAAAAUCCCACCCAACAACAACAACAACAACAACAACUGCAAACCCUUACUUUGCGAUUAAAUCGGCCGAAAAAGAAAGUUUCAUGGAAAGAAGGCACUGUAGACAAUGAGUUUAUGCAGAAAAAAAGUUCCAAAAUUUGUUGUAUUUUCCACAAGGAGAAGCCCUUCGAUGAGGAUGAUAGCGAUGAUGAUUGCAGUCAUGAUCAUUCCGAUCAUGACCAUGAGUAUAAAUCAGACUGUGCUGGCUCUUCUUCUAAAAACAAUGGUGAUUAA